AUGGCACCAACUCUUGUCAAUGUUGUAACAGCACGUGAAGCUAGAAAUAUAAUCAAUAUAUCAUUUUAUACGGCUAUUGUUGGGUACGCUGGCGCAAAUAAGUCAAAAGCUGUUGAUUUAUUACGUGAUGCGUGUCAAGACAUUGAUAUGGUAUUAGGAAAUAAGCUCGAAGACUCACGUGUGAAUAAUUCAGCUACUAUUGAAUCACUUUUCAGUGGAAUGCAAAGAGUCGGCCCACAUCUGCUACAGCUUUUUGAUGAAAUCAACACGCUCUCGGCUUCACUUCAUUUGUAUAAAGCGGCAGGUGGGGCAUCAUAUGACCGCAGUUUAAUAAAUCAAUUGUACAACACUCUUCGAUACAUUCGGCGUCAAACAUUAGAUAAUAGUACCAGUGUUCAAAAUCCACUUUUAAAUAUUGGUGGUGCUGGUCAUCCGGUUGAAUUGGCUAACGGUAUUAGAAGUGAUAUGCAAGGAGACGGAUUUUUUAGCAGAUUUUUGAUUUCUUGCCCAACACCAUCAUAG